GUGCGUGACAAUACAAGGUUCAAUUUGCUUGAUAACAUUUUAUCCUUAGAUUUGAUCGAUUAUUAAAAGAACGACAAGGACUUGAAAUAUCGGCAAACGGAUUAAAACGUUGUCCUAUAGAUCAAGGCAGCGUUUAGAGUCUUACUGCCAGUGAACGCCCGACCCCCUUAAUUCCGGUUAGAAGGAAAUCCGUCCGGCCGUCCGUUGUUCGCAUUUUUAACGUGUGAACAAGAUUCGCAUCGCAAACGUGUGAACAUCAAACCACAAACUUCGCAACAAUGGAUUCCAAACCCAGGCCGCUCUGUUGCUGUCUCCAUGUAUUGUUUGCGGGGAUUAUACUGGUGCUAAGUUUUUCGCACAUUAAUGCAACUACUACCUCCGUGGUGAUCUACAACUCCAUUAACGUGGCUGUGGGUCAGCAGGCAACGUACAACUGCAGCAUAUCCGGUACCGGCCCCGACCCCUCUGUUGCCUGGAAAAUGACCGACACCAGUGGUAACACUAUCGCCGUCUCCUUCACCGUCCGGAACACCGGAACUGACAUUACCAGCGACGGAUCGCUCCUAAGCUCCAACACUUUUCUAGUACAGUCGUCGCACAUCAACCAGCGGCUGUGGUGCUCCGUAACCGACAUCGGGUCGGCUUCCGCCAGCUACCAGAUCUUUACGCACAUUACGGAGACUAGCGCAACUACGGCUAAUCUAGGGGAGACCUGCAGUCCAAACGUUCAGUGUACGCCAACCAACUCUGAGUGUCGGAACAGCGUCUGCGUGUGCAGGACCGGGUACCGAGCCAACGGAAACACGUGUAACCUCAGUUAUUCGGGCUACACCGUUUCUGGAACCACGACCAAAUCAUACAGAGCAGAAUUAACCACUCAUCAGCACACCGGAACGUCUUACAUACAUGAUCCAGUGCGGCUUGUGAACGGUCCCAACCAUUACAGUGGACGUGUGGAGGUCUACCAUAACGGGCAAUGGGGAACCAUUUGUGAUGACAACUUUGACCAUAACGAUGCCAACGUGAUUUGCAGACAGCUCGGUCUUUACCGGGGAUCUAGUUACGGGCAGGCUUACGGCAGAGCGCAUUAUGGGCAAGGAACCGGUCAGAUCUGGUUGAGCCUUCUCGAUUGUGCUGGGUAUGAAUCCAGUAUCAGCCAGUGCAGUCAUUGGCAAUGGGGCUUGCACAAGUGUGAUCACUCGGAGGAUGCAGGGGUGGACUGUUAUGCAUACAGUUACGAGACGACGACAGUGACGUAUUACACCACUUGGUUUCCUUGGUUGACGACACGCAUGCCUUUAUGGCAGACUUCUACAGCGUCCUCUUCCCAGUGUGGAGGGUAUUUCUACGAAACAAGUGGUCACUUCGGAAGUCCAAACUACCCGUCUAACUAUGGAAAUAACGAGGACUGCUAUUAUUAUGUCAGAGCUCCGGUCGGUCAUAUAAUUUGCCUAGAAUUUUCAAACUUUAAGACCGAAGCAUGCUGUGAUUAUUUAGAUAUUCACGAUGGAGAAAACACAACAAAAAGCGAUCGACUUUUAAGGUUGAUGGGAAACAAUGAUACCUAUCUUUGCUCGACGGGUAAUAGCCUGAGUGCCCAUUUUCACACUGACGGAUCUGACACUUUUGGCGGUUUUGAAGCAAACUAUACGGUAGUUCGACAAAACGCCAACAACGUCAGACUGGUGGACGGUCCGGACAAUUAUACUGGUCGGGUGGAGGUUUUUCACAACGGUCAAUGGGGCACAGUGUGUGAUGAUGAUUUUGGUUACGAAGAAGUCGUUGUAGUGUGUCGAAUGCUGGGGCUGUUCCAAGGACAGGGAUAUGGUCGGUAUUACACACCGGGUUCAGGAACGGGUCAAAUAUGGCUGGAUGAUUUACGAUGUGUCGGGAACGAGUAUUCUCUCAACGACUGUGGUUCUAACGGGUGGGGGUCCCACAACUGUGGACACACUGAAGAUGUGGGCGUUAUUUGCAACGUUCAAUCGGGUUACUACACUGCUGAAUACACAGGCCAAUACUACACAGAAACAGCUACUCAUCGACACAGCAUGACGUCUUACAUAGAUGAUCCAGUCCGGCUGGUGAACGGCCCCAACUAUUACAGUGGACGUGUGGAAGUCUACCACAAUGGUCAAUGGGGAACCAUUUGUGAUGACCACUUUGACCAUAACGAUGUCAAGGUGAUUUGCAGACAGCUUGGUUUUUACCAGGGAUCAAGUUACGGACAGGCUUACAGCAAUUCGCAUUUUGGCCAAGGCUCCGGUCAGAUUUGGUUGGACAACCUUGAAUGUAAUGGGUAUGAAUCAAGCCUCAGCCAGUGCAGUCAUCAGGCAUGGGGCUCUCACGAUUGUACACAUACGGAGGAUGCAGGGAUGGACUGUUAUGCAUACAUGUACGACACGACAAAAAUGGAUUAUUACACAACUGUACGUCCGUGGUGGCAGACGACAUUCAGCCCUUGGUGGCAGACUACUGCAGGUAACACCGUUCAAGACGCCAUUCGGGUGGGAUGCAGCGAGACUGGCUGGGACAUCCAGGUGGACAUGGACAUGCUGCGUCGCGUGUACCCGAACGCACGUGCAUCCGACAUCUACCUGGGAGAGAACACUUGCAUGGGCGUGGAGUCCUGGAACCACGUGGUCUUCCAGCAGGGUCUCAGAGAAUGCAUCACGAGUGAAACGGUAAGGCACAACGUUCUCGUCUACUCGAACCAACUCGUGUACGCAGAGAGAGACCCCGUUCACUCGUUUAUCAUCCGCCAUUACAUAUGGACGGUCGGCGUAGAGUGUGACGUACAGAGGAACGAUAGCUCGUCCGGUCACAUAGUGCACGAAAACAAUAACCAUCAAGGUGGCCCGCUGUUGUCUGGCUAUACGGUGAACAUGACGUUCUACCUUGACCCAAACUUCCAGCAACCGAUUUCCAGCAAUCCUCUGCGCUUGCCUGUGGGCACGGACGUGUAUGUGAAGGUGUUCACCCAGGCCACGGACUGGACGGUGAAGAUGCGCGUGCACACGUGCUACACGAAACCUACGCCUACGUCGCCGGACCACCUGCGAUAUAAUCUUAUCCAAAACGGUUGUGAAGUAGACACCAACACUCACCUGAUCUCGCAGUCCACGCACGAGACGAGAUUUGUGUUCAAAGACUUUGAGUAUACGAACGAUCAUCAGGGAAUCCACGUGAUUUGCCACGCCACGUUUUGUAGCACGUCUGAUUACAGUCGCCCAUGCACACAGACCUGCAAUCCCAUCAUAAGAAGAAACGUUCACGUGCAACCUGUCGAUGACGUCACGAAGUCAUCUUUUGACGUAACCUAUGAGGGUGUCAGGGGCUCUGAUUCGAAAACAGAUGAGAAUGGGGCUUCUGAUGUCGAACAGACAAAGUCGUAUGGAAACCACGCCUGAGUUUCCGAAAAAAAGACAUUUCUUUCGCCAAAAUUAAGCAAGUGUUAUAAAUACGAGUACCAGUAAUUUGAAAAAGAUCUAUUGGAGAUACGACCAUUUCAAAGAUCGGUUAUAAAUUGGCAUAUUUCGAGAAGUUCUAUGAGUCUGUAUGCACAAGUUUAUUUUUUUUAAUCUUGCUGAUAGUUUUUUUCAAAUGCAUACAUUCUGAUUUAGUUUGUUGGUGAUUAAUCUCUUCGUUCAUUAAAUAAUACAAAAGUUACACAUUAUUAUUUAUUUCUUUUAUUAUUAUGAUUAUAUGUAUUAUUAUAAAAUAUAAGUGUAAUAAACGAUGUUGUUAAUUCUAACAGAACAAAUUUUAAUACUCGCAAUCAGUCAUGUUGGCAGAAAUCUAAUGUUCCCGGCACAGUAACCAGUAGCCCGUGCAUUGAGCUGAUAUGAUUGGGAUCAAUACAGCAGGCUGCUUUGUCACAGUUUUGACUACCA